GCUCUAGCCCAGGGCGGCCCGCGGAGGGCUGGGCCCGGCUCCCGGCGCCCGGCUCCGGUUCCCGCGCCGAAGGGCGGCCGCUCACCAUGCCCGGCAAGCACCAGCACUUCCAGGAACCCGAGGUCGGCUGCUGCGGGAAAUACUUCCUGUUUGGCUUCAACAUCGUCUUCUGGGUGCUGGGAGCCCUGUUCCUGGCCAUUGGCCUCUGGGCCUGGGGAGAGAAGGGCGUGCUCUCCAACAUCUCGGCGCUGACGGAUCUGGGGGGCCUGGACCCUGUGUGGCUGUUCGUGGUGGUUGGAGGCGUCAUGUCAGUGUUGGGCUUUGCCGGCUGCAUCGGGGCCCUCCGGGAGAACACAUUCCUGUUAAAGUUUUUCUCUGUGUUCCUCGGCCUCAUCUUCUUCCUGGAGCUGGCGACAGGGAUCCUGGCCUUUGUCUUCAAGGACUGGAUUCGAGACCAGCUUAACCUCUUCAUCAACAACAACGUUAAGGCCUACCGGGAUGACAUUGACCUCCAAAACCUCAUUGACUUUGCUCAGGAAUACGUGAGUCCAGGGUCCAGCCUGGGCCACACACAGGAGUGGUCUUGCUGCGGAGCCCGAGGGCCCAACGACUGGAACCUCAAUAUCUACUUCAACUGCACUGACUUGAAUCCAAGCCGGGAGCGCUGCGGAGUGCCCUUCUCCUGCUGUGUCAGAGACCCUGCGGAGGAUGUUCUCAACACCCAGUGUGGCUACGACGUCCGGCUCAAACUGGAGCUGGAGCAGCAGGGCUUCAUCCACACCAAAGGCUGCGUGGGCCAGUUUGAGAAGUGGCUGCAGGACAACCUGAUCGUUGUGGCCGGGGUCUUUGUGGGAAUUGCCCUCCUCCAGAUCUUUGGCAUUUGCUUGGCCCAGAACCUCGUGAGUGACAUCAAGGCAGUGAGGGCCAACUGGAUCAAACGCGACGAUGGCUACAAACUCCUCAAAUAAACAAAACUUUGAAAACCA